CACUCGUUCACCUGUUUGUGUCCGUAGAAUUUAUCAAAUUAGAAAACGCAAAUUUAAUAUAAAAAUAUAUUUUCUGAAAUUGCAAAUUAUUUAAAAUAUAAAAAUAUAAUUUUCAACAGAGAGAAUUUUUCAAAAUAGAAAACAAAUGAAGUUUGAAGUUUAAAAAUAAUAGGAUCGACCACUCACGACUAGCUAGCGCGGACGCGCGACUGCGCGUUCGGGACCACUCUGCUUUAGUAGUACCCUUAUACUCUGUGUGUUUUCAAACGCAUGGAUAUAAGUGUCAAAUUUGUUCCAAUAACUUUCGAGUGAUAGAUAGAUAGAUAGAUAGAGAGAGAGAGAGACAGACACAGACAGAUAGCUCGCUCUGGCCAGUCAUGGUAUUAGCUGUCAGUAGCCAAAGAAUCAACUCAAACCAGCAGUAACGUUCCUUGUCAGAUUUUUCUACUUUCACUUCUGACAGCUAAUACCAUGACAGUGCCUAGUUAUUUAGUUGUCCUGGUCAAGUGGCGUUGUCUGGUUUGUGUCGAACGCAAUGAUUUUUUAUUUAGAAUAUGACCUAUUUGAGGUGAAGAUGCGGCUUCAAUGUGACAUGGAAAUCAGUAACCGGGUUUUACCAUCCCAUAAUUUGAAGAGCUCAGGACGUUGCAGCCGAGGCUAUUUAAGUAUUGGACAAAAGCCAGGCAGUACAAAUAAGCAGAGGACUGUUUUUAUCAUGCUUUGUACUGCUAAAGAUAAAACUGGGAUCAAAUAUGUUGUGAAAGACAAUGUGGAGAAAGUGUUCUGUAAUUUCAUCAGUGAAGGUAAAACUACCAUUAGGUUUAAAGAGCCUCAAGUGGAUUUACAUAUUAGCAAGGCAGAUUCCAUUCAGUUGAAAAGCUUUCUCACAGUAUUAAAAGCCAGCUUAAAGGGAGAAUGUCCCCAACAAAAAGCAAACUUAUCUACUUUAUCUGCAAUUACACCAAAGCAAAUUGAAAACAGCAAGAAGAAACUUACCAUCUUGAAACGACAAGAUUACCCCAUCUUGAAGGGUUUUCCAUUUUCCCUUGUCAGCUUGAAAAUAAUUGGUUGUCACAUCAAGAAAUUAGACUCCAGGAUACCUUCGUUGAAAUACCUGCAACAUCUGGACUUAACCGAUAAUGUCUUGCAAGAGCUCCCCAAGACCUUCAGUCGCAUUCUUCUUACUGACUUGAUCCUGAAGGGAAAUCAGUUUUCCAACUUCCCCCAAAUUCUACUUGAACCACCCCUGUGUGAUAACUUAUCUGUCUUAGACCUCAGCAGUAACCAGCUUCAAAGACUUCCCUCUCAUAUUGACAAUCUGAGGAAAUUACAAACUCUCAAAGUGUCCCGCAAUCAACUGAAACAACUCCCCAUCAAUAUUGGUAACCUCUCUUCUCUGCAGAACUUAGACAUCUCUAACAACCAGUUGCCAUUAUUGCCUGCCAAUUUCAUCAAAUUAUGUCUUCAUGAACUUGACUUGUCACACAAUAGUUUUUCUACAACACCACAUCGUAUUCUUCGACAGUGUUUAGAACUUCCUUCAUUGCAGUCCAUUUGUGUCAAAUUCAUAAUAAAUAACAAGAUCCCUUACUGUGAAACUAUGUACAGAGAUUUACAUGAACUGAUACGAUCACAUAAACGCUGCUGGUGUGGUGAAGUUGUAGUGGCAAAAUUCAUUCACUGUAUUUAUCAUGCCAACAUCUCUUUUAUGGUAGCAUCGUUGCUCUCAACAUCAGAGAAAACUUUUCCUCUUGAAGCAUAUUUUUGUUCACAGAAGUGUUUUGACCGAUUUACACACAAGCAAUUUCAAAGUCCUCCGGUCACAUAAGUGUUUCAUUGAUAACAGUGGAUGUGUUUCUUCCAUUCAUUGUGAAAUUCUAACACAAGUGUCAAUAGUUGAUACGUAUUUAUUUCUGACCUAACAUUGUAUAUUAUGUUUUAGUCAGUAUUAAGGUUUAUUAUUUAACAUUGAGACUGUUUUGAUAUUAUUCCAAGAUAAAUUUGACAGUGUCUUGUGCAAGACCAACAUUAGUGAGCUCAAGUGUUUGUUUUGGAGGAUACUGAAUUGUUUCUUAGCUUGCGAAUAGUUAUAAAAAAAAAAUGGAUUUAUCUUGAAAUUGGAUGAUAUUGUUUAGGAUACAAAGUGAUGAAAGUGAACCAUUAUUUUAUGUUUACUGCUCUCUUCUGUCAAGACUAUAUUUUUUGAAAAUCUCCAGAUGUGUUGUAACACAAUAAGUCUACAGCUUGAGUCAUGAUUUUAUUAAGUUAUCUACCAUUGUGGAUAAUUACUAUCAUAUGUACACACUCAUAAAAAAAAGAAAAUAAAUGCAUCCAACUUAGAAUCUUUUAUGUUAAUUUCCUUUCAAAUGUUUGCAUUUAUUUUACAGCAAUGCCUUAGCCCUUUUGUGAAUAAACUUUGUAAACCU